AUGGCUGCUUCAGAUAGAGAACUGGAACUGGAGAAGCUGGUCCCUGCUGUGCACUGUGAGGUGAUCCAAGCUGUGGAGAGCUAUGGAACUGUCAAUGUGUUUGUGAUUUGCUUGGAUCGAUUGGGACAUGACCAGAAUAUCAUUGAUCUGGGGUUUGCACUACAAUUGGCGUGCGCUGUAGACCACGCGAAGAAGCAAGCUCUUGAUCAAGACAUCCACUUGGUGGUAAUAUGCAGUGCAAAGAGUGGGAGCUUUAUGGCCGGAGCAGACAUUCUAACAGAACUUCGAUUCACUGGAGAUAGUGGGUCUCAAAGAGCUUUUGAAGACUCGCUGAAGUUCUCUCAAGUGCUGUGUGCCCUGGAGUCACUGUCUGUGCCUACUGUAGCCAUACUGAACGGCACCACACUGGGAGGAGGUCUUGAACUGAGUCUGGCCUGUGACUAUCGCAUCGCUGACGAAGCUUGCACUCAAAUUGGACUGCCAGAGGUCAAGAUUGGAGUAUUGCCAGGUGCUGGCGGGUGUGUCCGUCUCCCUCGGCUGAUAGGAAUGAAGAGAGCUCUAGAGAUCCUGCUCACUGGCAACCCGAUCAAAGCAUACAAAGCUCACUGCAUUGGCUUGGUAGAUCUGAUACUGCCUGACACACACACCUUGGUUAACUCAACGGGAGACCUGAAAUCCUCGUACGAUUACAAAUGGUUGGUCGGUUUGCUUUCAUUGAUCGAACGGAAAGCAAUCGGGAAGAGGGAGUUUUUGGUGGGUAGUACUCGUACAGAUCUUGUUGCUCUUGAUGCCAUCAACGUUUACGAGGAGGUUAAGACGAGAGAUGUGGAGAAAGAACUGAUCGCAAAGUAUGGUGAGCUGUGGAGAGAAUACGAGUACAAAGCUUCUGUCAAGUUUACAACCCUUAGCAGAAUUGAUCGAGCGUCUGUCGAGUUAUUAAACACGGGGUUGUACUUAUUCUCUCUGGCUCAGCUCUGGUGGAGCACGGGAUCACAAUACCCUGCCCCCUAUAUUUGCCUGCUCACUGCCUUCAAGUGUGCGAGUGCUACCAGCUGGAAAGAAGCAAUCACAUUAAAUUCCCUCGGCUUUGCCGUGCUUGCUACCUCAGCGGAAUCCAAGAGCCUCAUGGGUUUGUUCCUACUCACACGAAAACUUAAAAGGUUGGCCGUUCGUUUUGAGCUCAAAGGGGACGAAAUUCCUCUCAAAGUUAAGAAAGAUGUGAUGGUUCUGAUAUCCAAUCAAGGUCUGCGUUACUCCUCCACGUUUGUGCAAGGACUGUUGUUUGCCGGGUUCGAAGUACGAGUUGUCGAUGUUAGUGAAUCCCUCACUAAGCUUAAAAUGGAGGAGCUUGUCAGAAAGCAUUUUGAGUACUCCCUGAAGAGAGGUCACCUGCCUGCAGAAGCUGUUGAGGAGAAGCUGUCCCAUCUCUCUUUCAAUCACAGUACAGAUGUGAGCACAAUGGAGUUUGAUGCUGAAGGCCCUAUGAGUGUGGUGGACUGUAGCAUGGGGAACGGCAGAGGAGAGGGGGUACUGACACACCUCAGGAAACAAGUCAGCGAGGUUGUGUGUAUGAAUGCUGCUCCUGGGUUAGUGAGUGAUGACAGAGCUGUGCUGGUCAAUUUAGGGGACCCACUGCGUAAGAACACUCUCUGUGUGGAGAUCACACCAGCUUCAAAGGAGGUUUCAGCGACUCAUGUACGCCAUGUGGCCUCUCUGAUAGUAGCUGCGGGCAAACUUCCCACCCUCACACCACCCACUCCACACUCACAAGCCUCAUACCUCCUCACACUCUCUCACUGGGCUCUCGCCGUCACCAUGGCAGCAAGAUGUCGACUCAGCGAGAAGAAGUUGGACUCUAUCCUCUGCGACCACGGAGGGUACUCUAAGGGACCCUUUGAAACAAUGGCUAAGCUGGAUGCAGACUAUGUGCAGCUCAUGGUCAACGGCAAUCACUCCACGGUGCCACAUUUUGAUCAGCUAAAGAGCUACAUUUCGACAAGAAAACUGCCAAGUAUCCGAUACCGAUCAAGCCCGUUCCCAUCUCGAACCGAAUUAGUUGAGCUUUUCAAUUUGUUUCUCGGACUAGUAGCCCUACAAGUGAGACAAUCAACCCCUGAUAUCUCAGAGGCAGCCAUUGAUGUUUUGGCUGUGUCCAGUUUAGUCAGCUACCCCCCGUCCGAAGGAGGUCCUCUAAAUAGGUUGGCAAGGUGUGGCCAAUCAGAUGCCAAGAAGAGGUGGACUAAACUGAGUAAAUUCUUGCCUUCAGAAACGAAAGAAAGCUUCGAGGAACUACUUGAAGGAGAAGCAUUCGAUACAUUGUUCGUGAAGUCUAAAUCAUCCGAAUCGGAACUGACUGAAUAUGAAAGAAUGAAGGAGGAGACGUUGUUGCUGACAAGCUCUGAGCUGAAGGCGGUUGGACGGACGGGAAUGGUGGCGAGGAGAGACGUAUUCAUGUACCCUCUACCAACUAUACUAGCAACUGGACUAAUUUCAUUAUUGAUUUGGUCAGCAUUUUGUGUGUUUCUUUAUUACUUGUUGUAAUUUUUGUAAGAGUUGUACAAACAAAUUGUGUGCAAUGAAAGUUGAUUUAAAAAAGUGUUUGUUAUAAAAAUAA